AUGAAAGUCCAAGUAAUAGUCCAAUCAACAGUCCAAGAAAAUCCAAGUAAAAAUCUCAGCAAAAGUCCAAAGAAAAUUCAAACAAAAGUUCAAAUAAAAAUCCAAAUCAAGCGAAAGUUUAAAAUUUUAGAUCUAGCAACAAAAGAUAAUGAAGACUCCAAAAACAACAACGAUGGCUCCAGUAAUGACAGUUCAAAGAACUACAAUUCUG